GAAGAUGCAGAUGGAGCAUACGUUCGACGAACAUAUGCUCACUUCGAUGCUCGUGGCGUACGUGGUGAUGGAUUACUAGAAGGCAAAGAAUGGACACGCGAAAGGGGCGCACAUGCAAACGGUGAGGAACGUGCAGCACAUCAUCAUAAUCACGAUGGGGAGAUUGAUGUGGAACGUAACGAGCUGAUGAAGAAGAUUGAUCGAUAUGGAUUCUUUCCUCGAGAUGAGAACCAAAUAGGCAAUUCUUUUGCUCGAUCACGCAUGACGAUACUUCCAGAAGCUGCUUUGAGUAAGAUUCCGAAGAGGAGAAUCAUGUUGCCUACAUCCUCGUCGCGACAAGGCCUGAGCGGCAGGAAGAAGAACAGCUGGAUGGAUGAUAAGCAAUCUUCACAAAGAUCCUAUGAUGCAUCUGGAAGCAAUGAUGAUAAUGAAGCGGAGGAACUUCAUUCGCGCAAAUUGCAAGCUGUCAUUCAGCAUCGAGCUUCGAAAGAGCUGGCCAUCCGUGAACGAGAGGCUUUACGUACGGCCAAAUGGGAUCACAUGUUGGACGUACGCAGGGACGCGGAUGGCAAACCGCAAUUCUUGUUAGCUGAUGGGGUGUAUAAAUCCAAAAAGCUCAAGAGGAGAGUAUACAAGGGGAUUCCGGACCGAUGGAGAGCGGCAGUCUGGUGGGCUUUAUUGCGAUCCCGUGCGCACGGUGGGUCAAGUGGUAAUCUGGAGGCUGAUUUCCACUAUUUACAACGACAACCUUCACCACAUGAUGUGCAAAUCGAUCUAGAUGUUCCGCGUACGAUUUCAGGACACAUUCUUUUCCAUACCCGUUAUGGUGAAGGACAACGAGCAUUGUUCCAUGUCUUGCAUUCUUUCAGUUUGUUGUGCGAUCAGUGUGCCUAUUGUCAAGGUAUGGGACCGAUUGCUGCCACUUUGCUGGUAUACUUUCCACCUGAACGUGCUUAUGCAGCUCUCGUUCAAUUGCACAAUGAUGAAAGUUUUGGCAUCCAUCAAACAUUCUCGCCAGGGUUCCCAGGCUUGGUCGAGAAUUUCUGGGUUCAAUACAAGAUUGCCAUGAUGUUAUGCCCGGAUGUAGUUCAGUCUUUGGAAGAGAAGAACAUCGUUACCAGUGCAUACGCAACAAAAUGGUACAUCACCUUGUUUACGAACGUGUUCCCUUUUGCAACACAAUUGCGACUUUGGGAUGCAUAUUUCUUGCAUGGAAGAGACGUUUUGGUGAUUGCAUCAGUCGCUAUCAUUUGGUCAUUACGUCGAACAUUGGUCACGGGUAACUUUGAAACCUGUUUGGGCUCGUUGGGAAGGGAAUUUAUUCCUGACGAUGAUGAUUUAUUGAUGAAUUGGAUUUUUAUGGUUUUGCAAAGGGAGGAUAUACGAAAGACAAUCACUUCAGCACGCAAGGAAUGGGCUCAAAUGGUUGAGCAGGGA